AUGAAGCUGAUCCAAGGAAUAUCUCUUGUUGUCGUUACAAGCACCAUGAUUUUGUCAGUGGAUGCCUUUCUUUCAACCUUCCAUGAUCCAUCAACCACCACAAAUCUCUUGGCUUCUUCUACGACCAGCACUCCUGAAAGCACAACAACUACUACUACUACUACUAAUACUACUACUAAUACCACUACUAAUACUAUCCAGCACGUGGUGGAUGGCGUCGUCUGCCGCGAAAUGCCCCUGGAGGUUCCCAUCAUUGGAACUGUGACAGUCUUGGAAGCUACCGCCCAAUCCCAAGAAGAUUUGGUGGACAUGGCACUGGCACUCCCAGAAGAAAGCGAGUCGGGACUGUUGGAGGCGGGAGAUCCGUAUGGGGCCGUUUUGUGGCCUGCCGCUUGGGCCGUGGCACGGUACAUUUUGAGCGAACCAAAGCUAACGUUGGAAAACGUUAACAUAUUGGAAUUGGGAACGGGUACGGGCUUGGUAUCGAUUGCACUGGCAUUGGGAGGAGCCAAGCACGUCUUGGCGACCGACUACGAACCACUGGCGUUGAAAUUGACCACGUACGCGGCCGAAACCUUUCAUCCCACCAUUAAAGAAGUAUUGGGAACCAAAUUGUUGGACAUGUGCGACUACGACGAUAAAUUGCCUCAAGUCGACUUGGUGGUGGCAGCCGAUAUCAUGUACGAACCAAAAACAGGAAUUGCCAUGGCACACCGGGCUGUGGAAGCUUUGAAACAAGGAAGUCGAGUAAUUGUGGGUGACAGUCCUGGAAGACCGGGACGUCCAGCAUUUCUGAAAGCAUUACAGGAGCUAGGAGUAGAAGGAGUCGAGUUUGUGGAUACAAUUGGGAGAACUUGUACUGGUCCACGCCAUGACUUGAUUUGUGGCAAGGGGUCCACCUCAGUAUCGGAAACCCCCAAAGACUUGGCUGUUGCCAUUAUGGAUUUGAAUCCAGAACACUUGAAGAAGUGA